UGUUUGGAAAUAAUAAAACAAUGUUAGAAUCGAGAAAAGGUGAUAUCUAUUGUAUUUGCCGUUCAAUCGAUUGUUCAAGAUUUAUGAUGUGCGUAUCCUUCUACGAAUUUGAAUUUUGAAAAAUUGUUACUUUUCUUUUUUUAGUGGCUGUGAUUCUUGUGAUCAGUGGUAUCAUGGUGAUUGUAUAGGCAUGACCGAAAAAGAAUCGUCAAAAAUUGAAGAAUUUUUUUGUCAUCGAUGCCGUCUGAAAACACCCAGUUUACAAAUUAAAUAUACACUUCCUCAGAAAGAAGCCGAAGAAAAAUUGCACAAGGUUAUUCAGCGUCGAUUACGUAAAGAAUUUCGUUUAUUAGACACAUCGUCGAAUACGUCAGCUGUAGCGCUUGGACAUAAACAAAGAUCAUCGAUGUUGGAUGAUGAUUCAUCGUUACAAGAACGACUUUCCACCACUCAUGAUGAUUCAAGUAAUUCCAACUCAUCAUCAGCUUUGUCAUCUUCAACAACAACUUUUACCAAAACUUUUACUAAUCCAUCUCAGUUUCAUCCGUCGCCAUUAUCUGAGUUGCCGACAAUCGGUCAAAUACAAACUGUUCAAUAUGAAACAUUAGAAAUAAAGUCAGAAACUCACGACUUAUUUGAUCGUUAUUCAACUAUUAAACAAGAGCGAAAAGAAUUGAAAACCGAAAAUGAAAUGUCAGAUAAAACAACGCAAUCUCUCAUACUGCCACCACCAUCAUCACAGCCACCUAAACGAACGAAAGGAGAAGCAGGAACGAAGCGAAAACGAAGCAUGGUUGAAUUAAGUAAUCUUGCCGACGCCUCAAAUGAUUAUGUAAACUCAAAUAAAUCUGAUUGUCGACGCUCUAAUGCUCGACGUCGAUCAGAAGAACAUCCCAGACAAUGUUUUGGUCCCGCAUGUGUACAAGAAGCACGUACAAAUUCAAAAUAUUGUUCAGAUGAAUGUGGUUUAGAAUUAGCUCGAAAUCGACUUUUGCAAUUUUUACCUAUGCGUAUGAUGUGUUGGCAAGCUAUACCAUCCACGGCAGAUAAAAUUAAUUUGAAUGCUCUCGAUGACAUUAAAAUACAAAUUGAUGAAAUAAAGAGUCGGCUUGUUGUAUUGGAUGAAGACCAACGUAAAUUAGAUGAUAUUGUUGAAAGAGGAAAAAAGUUGAAAGCCAUGAAAGAUGCCAAUUAUGAAAGUCAAGUAUCUUACGGUUCAAAUAUCAAAUCAAAUAUCGAAGGUUUAUUUUGUGAUCAUUAUGAUCCGUCAAAUUCUUUAUAUUGUAAACGUUUAAAAGUUAUAUGUCCAGAACACUCUCGAGAACGAAAAAUUGGUCCGGAUGAAGCGUGUGGUUGUCCAAUAGAGAAAAACUUAUUUGAUGUGUCUGAUGAACUGUGUAUAGUACCAAAACGAAUAUGUACGAGACAUUUGAAAUGGGAACGAAAACGACGCGCACAAAUCGACCUGGAACGUUUACAUGAGUUAAUGCGUUUGGAAGAAUUAGUUGAAAAAGAAAAUCGUAUACGUUCAGCGAUAGCUGAUCGUGGUAGUGUAGCUGGUUUAUUGAUGCAUAAAACAAUUGCUCAUUAA